CCGCCGCCGCGUCGGCGGCAUUCGCGGCCGGAGCGGGCCGGGAGGGCGCACGCAGCGCGAGCGCCGCGCCGGUCCCUGGGCGGGCGGAGCGGGCGCGCGUCGCGAGGCGGAUCCCGGCUCCGGGGAGUCGCGGCCGGGACAUGGCGGCGGCCGCUCGGCGGCCGUGGCGGCGUCCCUGGGCCCUGCUGUGCCUGACUGUGGCCGCUCUGCUCUGCCCCGCGGCGGGCGAAUUAGAGUGUUACUGCCAGCUAUGUACAAAAGACAACUUUACGUGUAUGACAGAUGGAGUAUGUUUUGCCUCAGUAACACGAACUGCAGACAAAAUAAUGCGCAACAGUAUGUGUAUAGCAGAAAUUGAUCUGAUUCCUCGAGACAGGCCAUUUGUUUGUUCCCCUUCCACCAGAGAUGGAGUCCAUACUGUGUCUCACUGCUGUAACACACCUCUCUGCAAUAAAGUAGAACUCCCAAUUCCAACACCAGGCCCUACUCCAGAAAAACCAGCUUCUAACCUAGGACCUGUGGAACUAGCUGCUGUCAUUGCUGGACCUGUCUGUUUUGUCUGCAUUUCACUGAUGUUGAUUCUAUACCUUUGUCAUAAUCGUACUGUAAUCCAUCAUCGUGUGCCAAGCGAAGAAGACCCUUCAUUGGAUCGUCCCUUUAUAUCAGAAGGAACCACUUUAAAGGAUUUAAUUUAUGAUAUGACAACUUCAGGUUCUGGGUCAGGUUUACCUUUACUUGUGCAAAGAACGAUCGCAAGAACUAUAGUACUUCAAGAAAGCAUUGGUAAGGGUCGCUUUGGAGAAGUCUGGCGGGGGAAGUGGAGAGGAGAAGAAGUUGCUGUGAAGAUCUUCUCUUCAAGAGAGGAACGGUCAUGGUUUCGAGAAGCAGAAAUUUAUCAGACAGUUAUGCUACGCCAUGAGAACAUUCUUGGAUUUAUAGCUGCAGACAACAAAGACAAUGGUACAUGGACUCAACUGUGGUUAGUGUCAGACUAUCAUGAGCAUGGAUCACUCUUUGAUUACCUGAACAGGUAUACAGUAACAGUGGAAGGAAUGAUAAAAUUAGCUUUGUCCACUGCCAGUGGUCUUGCUCAUCUGCACAUGGAAAUUGUUGGCACACAAGGCAAACCAGCGAUUGCUCAUAGAGAUUUAAAAUCAAAAAACAUAUUGGUGAAAAAGAAUGGAACAUGCUGCAUUGCAGAUCUGGGAUUGGCGGUUAGACACGAUUCAGCUACAGACACAAUUGACAUUGCCCCAAACCACAGAGUGGGAACAAAAAGGUACAUGGCUCCUGAAGUCCUAGAUGAUUCCAUAAAUAUGAAACAUUUUGAGUCAUUCAAAAGAGCAGACAUCUAUGCAAUGGGAUUAGUGUUUUGGGAAAUAGCUCGGCGGUGUUCAAUUGGUGGAAUCCACGAAGAUUACCAGUUGCCAUACUAUGACCUCGUUCCUUCAGACCCUUCUGUUGAAGAAAUGAGGAAAGUUGUGUGUGAACAGAAGUUAAGGCCCAAUAUUCCAAACAGAUGGCAGAGCUGUGAGGCAUUACGAGUGAUGGCAAAAAUUAUGCGGGAAUGCUGGUAUGCCAACGGAGCCGCUCGGCUGACAGCUUUGCGCAUUAAGAAAACAUUAUCACAACUUAGUCAACAGGAGGGGAUCAAGAUGUAAUCCUGGAUUUGCUACCGAACAACACUGUAAAAAUCCCUAUCUGCACCAGAGUGGCGUGUUAAGAAGGUUAAUUGUUCUACCUCACUGGGGGAACAGAAGGAUAUUGCUGCCUUUUAGUACUUUAUAGGAACGUCACUUAUUAGGAUUUUUGUGGAUGUGCUAAACAGUUGUGUUGGGUCUUUCUGUGCACUAUGAACCUCUUUCCCAGGUUACUUACAAAACAUCAUAACUCUAGUUUCAUUAAUCUAUAAUUUUUUUAUUUGGGAAGUUGAUAGCUGGUCUUUGCUAGUUAACUGUGCUAUAAGUAGGAGGUCACUUCUAAAAUGAGACUGGUUUGCUAUAUUGUUCUACAGUGCAUUGAUGGCUCUUAAAGCAACUUUAUUCCUACCUGGUACAUUGACUACUCUGAACCACUGUCUCGAUUCCUUGAUUCAGAUUGUGAAUGUACUGUUGGAGUAUACCUUGCUAGCUAUUAAGGUAGUGCAUCUUUUGGACUCUUACCUUGACUUACAAAUUGACCUCAUUCAGUUGUGGGAACAUAACUUAUGCAACUAUACUUUAAACGUGAUUACUGGGUUUUUUCCACUUUUUCAGAACAUUACAUUGCCUUCAAAAUAGAUUGUAUUACACCAGUAAGUGCCACUUUUGAGUCUUUUGAUGCAAAAUAGUAGGGAUGUACAAAGCCUAUGGUACUUUUGGUUUCAAAAAUACAAGUUAAAAGUUGUUCCUUUGCCUAGCUAAGUGCUAAAUCUCACUCAUUGCAAUGGUGAGUACAUAAUUGAUAAAAUAUCUUCAAUUUUACCAAAAUCUGACUCUUGAAACCACUGUAGGAGUUUUAAAUAGUGUAAGCUAGUAAAUUCACUGUCAUAUUUUGUAAUUGUCAAGUUAUGAGUCAUGAUUAUGUAGGAGAUUUUUUUAAAUCAACUGGUACUUCUAAAAUGCUUGAAGUACCUAUCUACUUCAGAAAAGUAGCAAGAAAAGUAAAAUGUUAAGGGAGAUUUUACUUCAUUAAAUAAGUAUGAAAAGCAUAUUUUCUGUGCAGUUCUGCCAAGUCUUAAGGCUCAGAGAACUGUAUGAAUAUUUGCAAUUACACAAGGAUUAAAUGCACCUGUCAUUAGAGAAGUUCUUUGGGCUUUUGUACUAGACAGUUCAAAGCUGCUUGUAAGUUUUAUGUGCAUGUAUGUUGUGUGCCUCAUACACAAAAUGGUGAGCUAGAGAAGGUGGUGAGCUACAGGUCUUUGGAUACAAGUGUCAGGGGAUUCCAGUGAUCCUCUUCAUUGUUAGAAGAACAAAGCUUAUGGUGACUUGUGUUGUCAUAAGAACACAGAAGAAUAUGCAUGGCUUUAGUCAAGAUUUCCCUGAGUUUUUAAGAGUAUCAUAAUAUUUUCACAAACUUGUUCAUAAAUUAAAUUGCUUCUUGCCCAAAUGUACGAUAAAACCCUGCUGUUACCAGGAUAUUUUUUUUAAUUGCAAUUUUAGCAAGAGUCUGGUUGACCCUUGGUUUUGUUAAUGUCCAAAACAGUAGUAUUUCAGUAUGUGAAUGUGCCUGGUAAUUAAUAUGCUGCCCAACCUGCCACUCUUCAGAACACAUCAGUGCCCAUCUCAUUACACAACACACAUGGCAUCCUUUAACUUAGCUUCCUGUUCAUCCAUUGGCAUAGAGCCCACUGAGAGUUUGUUACCAAGAUAGUGGCAAUGGCAGGGUGGUUGCUGGCAGCAGCACAGUCGAGGUUCUGUGCCAUGGUGAUGUGUGGCAGAUAAAGCAGGAAGAGGAAUGAGGUCCAGGAAGAAGAGGCUACAUAGGUGACUCAAGCCUUACCCAAAGAAAAGCCUUAACAGUUAAUUUUUGUUUAUUUCUGUAUUCUUACUGCUUGCUUGGAGAUAAGUUUAAAUGAUGUCAGAAUUACAGACCCUCAGAGGUCAAACUGCAAAUAAUGAAAUGUUUUUGUCAGCAACAAAAUGGAUGAGUUUAUUCAUAUUGGAAGACAGUAUCCAGGAGAAAAGGGAAAAAUAAGAGAAGUUCUUAGAAACCAAUUAGGCUUAAACAUACAUACAGCUGUCACGCUUAUGUUUGGCAUUAUCUGACAAGUCAGGCUUAUGUGCUUCAGGCCUCUGUCAAUCAAAGCCGGAUUAAAACUUAUUUCAUGUAGGUAUUUUAAAUAAAAUAUGCCUUUGUGCACAUGGACAGUUGUGCACCACAGAGCUUUUCAAUUAACUGUUAAAUAAAUUGAAUAUAACAUAACUCCCAAGACUCUCUUCUUGGCAGCCUCUCUAGCAAGUUCUGUGUAUCUGUACAGAUACUUAAAAAAACAGAUCAUCAUGAAAAUAGGUCAGGGUUUCCAUCUAAUUUCAAUGCCUUCCUAGUUAGCAAUUCAACUUUUUUGGUUUGUAACUUUGUUACAUUUCAAGUUUUCAUAGGUGUCCUGGCGUCCUUACCAUAGAUACAAAUGGUACAGUUCCUGCUUCAGAAAUAUCAGGCUCCUGGCAUGCCUCAGAUCUCUACAGUAAUUUUGGUGGUAACAGGAGUGUUUACAGUAUAAUUAAUAAAAUAAUUUUUAAUGGCUCUUUUAGCACCCACAAAACCUUAUCAGCAAAACACUUAAUUUUCUAAAAUAUACAGAACAGUUCUGUUGCAUUUUAAAGAGGAUGUACAGCAGCUGAACAGCCUCAUGGCAUGCAGAUGAUUCUGUCAACAAUAUAAGUGUUAUAUUGUAUCAACCACCUGCAAAUCUUCACUCUCCUGAAUUGCUAGCAACAGUUCUUACUUUGUUCAAGAUUUAGCUUUGUAAUAGAAGCUUGCAAAAACAAAGCACAGAAGGAUGCUUGACACACUGUGUAUGAACUAAGGAACAGUAUUUUAGAACAACCUUAUAAUUCCUAUUGGGCUGCAAAACAGGAAAAUUCUGAAUAGAGCUAUAUGUAUCCUCAGUUCUGACACCACGACUUCAAGCUUUGUUCUUCUUUUCCAUUAUAUGAACUGAACUCCUUUUACAAAGGCUGUGUCUGUAUAUAUUAUGUAACUUUAAAUGUUACCUGUGUAAGAUCAUAUCUUAUAUAUAUGGACACAGGUACACAUAAGUAUUUUUUAAAUUAAGAUUGUAAUAUCACCAGAUCUGCUCUUGGAAAUCCAGGGGGACCAAAAUAUUUUAGCAUUCAAAAUAUUAAUUUUGUAUCAUUUCAAGUAUAUACCAAAACAGUUUCUGAUUAAUACUGAUGCAAAUGUUUAUUGUAAAUAUUACAUACAUUAUACAUUCACUUAAGUUUUGUGGAUUUAAUCAACUUUGCGUUUUAGUAGCAUUGAAGCCUCAGUUUGGUUUACAGACUUGUGACCAGAUGGAUAUGGACAUGGAGAACAAGGAGCAUUGGAAAUAGUCUGAUGCUGAAAAGCCUGAAAUGUUGUUUUUGAAAUGCUGGAAUUCUUCAGGGACCUUCCAACCUUAAAAGCUGGAAUUCUGGGAUGUUUCUCAAGCAGACUCUCCAAGUAUGACACACUGUCACCCUCCUAUGGUUCUGCUUGUAAUCCUAAGAAAGACUUUGUAUAUAAGUAAAGACGUUAUCAACUGUGUGGGGACAUGAAGGUGUCAAAUGAAGUAAGAGGCUAUUUUAUUUUUUCAGUAAUGACUCUGAGUGUGAUUGCCAUGAAAUUCACCUUUUAGUUAGUUCCUUGUUUAAAUUGUGCCAUCAAAAUGAUUGCAAGGUGUUAAUCAUUUUGUGUUUAAAAAAACAAGCAAACAAAAAAAUCCCUUCACCAUAUCUGUUGCUUUAAACUCAAAUUACCUCUUAAAAGACCAAGGUACAUUUACCUCAUGUGUAUAUAAUGUUUAAUAUUUUUCAGAAUGUUCUCCAGGUUUGCAGUUACAUGUUUCUAGAAAUAUGGGUAUUACAAAAUUUACAACUUCAGUGGUACUAAGUGUAUUAUCUGGUGCCCCAAAACACUUUAUUUUCUGUAUUUUAUUGUAUUAGCAAGUUUGCUGCUUUGUCACUGUAGCACCUGCCCUUACAUAGCUGUGUGGAUACUGCCUUGUAAAUUUUACUUUUUGGAUGAUUUGAGGAUCCUGUACAGAUGAGUGUCACUUUUUUAAACCUUACCAAAUUGUGCAUUUCCCGUACAUUUCUGAAAAUAUGUAUUGUAUUUGUAGAGUAUACAUUUCAAUGGAUUGUAAAUAGGACAGUAGAAGAGUGGAUGCUUAUGUUAAGUGCUAACACUACAGUAGAGAGAUUAAAGCAGUGAAAAUAAAUAACUUUUUUCAAAAUGCA